AUGCAUACCUUUCUAAGUCUCGCCCUGGCCUCCGUGGCAACUGCCCACUUCACUCUCGACUGGCCCGAAAACCGCGGCUUCAAUGAAGAUACCAUGUCCAACUUCCCCUGCGGAGGCUUCAAUACCCCAUCAUCCAACCGCACCGUCAUCUCCCUAGAAGCCGGCACCCUUCCGGUUGAUAUUAGCUUCCACCACUCCCAAACCGCCGUCUCAUACCUCCUCGCUCUGGGAACCGACCCUGGCUCCAGCUUCAACAUCACCCUGAGCCCAACCAUUGCGGCUGUGGGACUCGGCGAAUUCUGCUUGCCCAAUCUUUCUCUUUCUUCCCUCAAUCUCACAGAUGGUCAGAAUGCUACUUUGCAAGUGAUAACUGACGGUGAAGCCGGUGGUGGUCUGUAUGCUUGCGCCGAUAUUAUUUUCUCAUCUUCCCUCACCAAGAAUAGUCCUACCUCGUGUGCCAACGCCAGCUCUAUCUCUGCAUCUGCCUUGUCCGGUGCUGACGGUGCACGAACUGCCAACCUCUCCAAUGCCGACGGAAGCGCACGGAGCGGAUCCUCUGCAAGCCCCUCUUCAUCCUCAGGCUCGUCAAGCGCUACAACUAGCGCGUCACCGAGCACUCACACCGGCGCUGCCAUGACUUUGCAGACUGCCGGUUGGGGCGUUUUGGGAUCUGCCUUUGUUGCUUGUCUUGCGCUUCUAUAA